CACCUAUAACCCAUUCGCUAUAAACUCAGGGGAGGAAAUAGAAUUUAAUAACAUUUCUUUGUCAACACCAGAUUUUUCUGCUAAAGUAAUUCCUUCAGAUAAUAAUUCACCAGCAUCAAAAACGAAUAAGUUUCAAAUUAGCUUAAAUUUAGCUGUAUUCUUUAAAUCAUCAGUAAAAUAUUUAACAUGUUAUAUUGAAUGA